CAGCAAUCCUUGUCACUCUAUAACCAGCUGGAAACCACACCCUCUUCAAGCUUUGAACUUUCAACGCCUAAUGAAAAAAUGGAAGAUAGUUGCAGAAACUUUGAAGAGAAACAAUGACAUCCAUCCCUAGAACUGAUGUGAGUAUCUUCCCCUCUAGUCUCUUAUUUGAUCUCGGUUUUGUCAAAUGCUUUUCUUAUUGUCUUGAAUCCAAAUAAGAAUCUUACAUGGAGUGACGGACAAACACGCUUCUUUCUUCAACUAAGACUUGAUGAGAAUCUGAAAGGAAACAUAAGAAAACAUAUGGUUAAUGAGGUUGGGUGACAGGCGAUAAUGGAUAAGUUCUAUGAGGCAUUUGGUAUAAAAAUUCCAUGGAGAAAAUUUGGGAUAAAGUACAAUACUUGCAAGAAGCAGUAUGAGUCUUUUAAGAAGUUGACUCGGAACAGAACGGGGCUUGGUUUUGAUUCAACCGGAUUCAUCAACAUGAGUGAGGACUGGUGGAAUGAGCGAUGUAAGGAGUGGCCAGGUGCUAGAAAAUUUAAAGACAAGCCGAUAGCAAAUAUGGAUUUGAUGGAGAAGGUAUUUGGGACAGUUUAUAUUAGUGGAGGUGAAGGUUGGUCUGCUCAGCAAGGUGAAGAUGUUUUAGACACAGAGCACUCAGAUCAUGAUGAUGAGAUUGAUGGUGAAGAUGAUGCUGAGUCAAGGCGUGAUAUUCCUACUGAAGAAGCUGUUGGAGCUGAAGCAAGGCGUGGUGUCCCUACUCAAGAAACUGAUGUUGCAUCUGAAUCAAGAAAUUUUGGAUCAAAGAAUGUUGGCCCCUCUUCUUCUAGGUCAAAGGUUAAUAGGAAAAAAUCAAGGAUUGUAAAAGCAGGACAAGCUGUGGCUGAUGUGAUUUGGAAGAGUGUUGAGUCUCGAGACAAGAUUCUUUCCCACAAGAAUCAUCUAAUAGAGAAUCAUCCUGAGUUUAGUUGUAGUCAACUUCGAGCCAUUGAGGUUCUUCACUCCUUGUCUGCUGUAAGGAUGUGGUCUCCUCUCUACAAAGCUUCAAUUAACCACCUCAAAGAAGAUGUUGCGAAUCGUCAGACUUUCUUGUUUUAUGGAGAUGAUGAGAACAUGGUUCUUUAUUUGGAUUUUGCAACUGGUGAAAGCAGAGAUCAUUGA